CCUAUUAAUUUAUUUAUUGAUCUUUAUACAAUUUUAUAUUUAUAAUUAAAAAUAAAAAAGCUAUUAAAAUCUAUCUCCUCCCUCAAAUCUCACCUGCACUUGGUUUUGAAGCUGUGAAAAUUUUCAACCAGAACACAAAUCUUCAUCUUCAAUGGCCGAUUUUUCCGAAGGCUGCAUAGCCGAUAUCAUCUCCUUCACCACUCCUCGCGACGCAUGCCGCCUCUGUUCGGUGUCCACCACCUUCAGGUCCGCCGCCGAAUCCGACACCGUGUGGGAGAAGUUCCUGCCGCCGGAUUUCUCCUCCGUCAUCUCUCGAUCCACACAUCCUCCUACUUUCUCUCGCCUGAAAGACUUGUACAUCUCCCUCUGCGAUCAACCCUUACUCAUCGAUGGGGGUAGAAUGAGCUUCUCACUGGAGAAAGAGACUGGAAAAAAGUGUUUCAUGGUAUCCGCGAGAGAGCUCUGUAUCGUUUGGGGUGGUACUCAUCAAUAUCAUUGGAAAUGGAUUUCGUUACCUGAUGCUAGGUAUAAAGAUGUAUAUAUUACUUCGUUGUUGUUCUUCGAUCUUCUUUCUUUCUUGUGGGAAUGAAUGUGAAUUGAAAUUAAACAGUUCGAAGAAGUGGCUAUGCUGAUUCGCGUGUGCUGGUUGGAGAUCAGUGGGAAGGUUGAAGUUUAUUAGAAGAAAGUUCUCUGUUAUUUGUAGUACAAGAAGAGACAAGAAGAGGGUUAGCCAUAUAUACAUAGGCUAACAAGAGUUUGUUUUAGACAAGAGAAGAGACUCUUACAACAUAAAAGGUAUAAAACUGUUACAAUAACUAAUUAAUCAAUAAUGGUUAUAACUCUAAAACUCCCACUCAAGAUGAAGUGUAGAGAUUUCUGACACUCAUCUUGGAUAACAAUUCCCUGAAGUGAGUUGGAAAUAGAGCUUUUGUGAGAAGAUCAGCAAUGUUAUUUUUGGAUGGAACAUGAAUGAGCUUGAUGGAGCCAUUGUGAACUUUCUCUCGGACAAUGUGACAGUCUAUUUCAACAUGCUUUGUACGCUCGUGAAAGACAGGAUUUUCGGAGAUGUGAAUGGCAGCGUUGUUGUCGCAAAAGAGAAUGGCAGGCUGCUUGUGAUGAAUGCCGAAGUCUUGGAGAAUAUUGAGUAACCAAGUGAGCUCACAUGUUGCGUUUGCCAUGGCCCUGUAUUCGGCUUCAGCUGAAGAUCUAGAUACUGUGACUGUUUUUUUUUAUUUCCAGGAAAUAAGAGAUUUACCAAGAAAUAUGCAAUAGCCUGUGACAGACCAUCUAGUAUCUAAACAAGAACUCCAGUCAGCAUCUGAAAAAACUUUAAGAUGGAGAUCAUGAGCAGUAAAAUUGGAUUCAGCAUAAGCAGUUAAUUGAGGCUGACUAUUUGAUGGGAAGAAAAGGCCUUGACCAUGACUUCCUUUCAAAUAUUGGAGAAUCUUUUGGGCAGCCUUUAGAUGAGGUAAUCUAGGCAAAGACAAAAAUUGACUCAACCGAUUAAUAGCAAAGGAUAUAUCAGGCCGUGUAAUGGUAAGAUAAAUCAACUUGCCAAUUAAGCUUCUGUAUGAUGUAGGAUCGGUAAAGGCAUCUCCUUCAUCUUUGCUUAACUUUA